GUGUGUAGCCAGUGUUCGUGAAUAGCGUAUUUAUCGCAAUUCAUAACCAACGUGGGCUGUUGAUGUGGCAGCAAGGACUGUCAUAACGACUUAUUGCGUGUGUGCUGUACAUUCCAGUAUCACUGUGUUUGUUUUGGUUUCAACAUUAUCGCAUUGUCUGCUGUCCUGAAGUACUAGUACCAGUGCCAUGUUUGCCAGGCUGGCCUUGUGCGCCCACCUUCCACCCAGAAUUAGUCACUCAAAUGUCUAUCCAGUCUCCAUCAGAGCCUUUUCCCAACAGAAAUUUAACCUCCCACGUUCCCAUGGGAAGUCGUUUGCUCAUCGCAGUGAGUUAAAGCAGGCCAGACGUAUUGUAGUUAAGCUGGGAAGCGCUGUGGUGACACGUGGAGAUGAGUGUGGUUUGGCACUUGGACGACUGGCUUCAAUAGUAGAGCAGGUAGCCAUGCUGCAAAAUCAAGGCAGAGAGAUGAUGAUUGUAACCAGCGGGGCUGUUGCAUUUGGGAAGCAGAGACUGAGACAUGAGAUACUUCUUUCUCAAAGUGUCAGACAAGCCUUGCAUUCUGGACAGAACCAACUAAAAGAGAUGUCGGUUCCAGUUUUAGAGGCGAGGGCAUGUGCGGCUGCUGGACAGAGUGGUCUGAUGGCUUUGUAUGAAGCUAUGUUUACCCAGUACAGCAUCUGUACUGCACAAAUUCUAGUUACCAACCUGGAUUUUCAUGACGAGCAGAAGCGUCGGAAUCUUAACAGCACACUUCAUGAGUUGCUACGGAUGAACAUAGUUCCUAUCAUCAACACCAAUGAUGCAGUUGUUCCACCCCCUGUUCCCAGCAGUGACCUACAGGGAGUAAAUGUAAUAAGCAUCAAGGAUAACGACAGCCUGGCUGCACGGUUGGCUGUUGAAAUGAAAGCAGACCUUCUUAUUGCCCUGUCUGAUGUUCAAGGUUUGUACGACAAUCCCCCAGGAUCGGAUGAUGCCAAGCUCAUUGACAUAUUCUAUCCAGGAGACCAGCAGUUGAUCACUUAUGGGACCAAGUCCAGAGUAGGCAUUGGUGGCAUGGAAGCCAAGGUGAAAGCAGCGCUGUGGGCCCUACAGGGUGGUACGUCUGUUGUCAUUGCAAAUGGCACAGACCCUAAAGUCACAGGUCAUGUCAUCACAGAUAUUGUAGAUGGGAAGAAAAUUGGCACGUUCUUCUCUGAAGUCAAACCUGCAGGUCCAACUGUGGAGCAACAGACGGAGAUGGCUCGACAUGCAGGCAGGGCUUUGGCCUCUCUGCUUCCUGAACAGAGAGGAGAGAUUAUCUGCUCUCUUGCUGAGCUGCUUACAGAGAAGAAAGAUGAGAUUCUAAGUGCCAACAAGAGAGACAUGGAGUUGGCAACAGCAUCAGGACUUUUCUCCCAGGCAUUAAUCAGCCGCCUGAGUCUGUCAACUGCUAAACUAAACAGCCUUGCCAUUGGCCUGCGUCAGCUUGCUGUGUCCUCCAAGGACAGUGUGGGUCGGGUGCUGAGGAGGACCCGGGUUGCCAACAACCUAGAGCUGGAGCAGAUUACUGUCCCCAUUGGUGUCCUCCUGGUCAUCUUUGAGUCACGCCCUGACUGUCUCCCACAGGUGUCCGCUCUAGCUAUUGCCAGUGGGAACGCUUUGCUACUAAAGGGCGGUAAAGAAGCUUCCAACACAAAUAGAAUCCUUCAUCAACUCACUCAGGAAGCUCUUUCCAUUCAUGGUGUGACAGAUGCCAUUCAGCUGGUGAGCACACGGGAAGAAGUAGAAGACCUGUGCAGAUUAGAUAAGAUGAUUGACCUGAUCAUUCCAAGGGGCUCGUCUGAGCUGGUCCGUGACAUCCAAAGGGCAGCUAAGGGUAUUCCUGUACUGGGCCACAGUGAGGGAGUCUGUCAUGUCUACGUAGACAAUGAUGCCAGCAUAGACAAAGUUAUUGAUGUCGUGAGAGACUCCAAAUGUGACUAUCCUGCAGCCUGCAAUGCCAUGGAGACCCUCCUUAUCCAUAGAGAUUUGCUUCGCACUCCUGUAUUUGACCAGAUCAUUGACAUGCUAAGAACAGAAAAUGUGAAGAUCCAUGCUGGCCCCCGCUUUGCCUCCUAUUUAACUUUCAGCCCAUCUGAGGUGAAGUCCCUGAGGACAGAGUAUGGGGACCUAGAGUGCUGCAUUGAGGUGGUAGACAGCAUGCAGGAUGCUGUGGACCACAUCCACAAAUAUGGCAGCUCCCACACUGAAGUCAUUGUUACAGAAAAUGAAGACACCGCUGAGCAGUUUUUGCAGUUGGUAGACAGUGCCUGUGUGUUUUCGAACUGCAGUUCCCGGUUUGCUGAUGGAUACCGCUUUGGCCUUGGUGCUGAAGUUGGUAUCAGUACAGCAAGGAUACAUGCUAGAGGUCCCGUGGGUUUGGAGGGACUUCUGACCACUAAAUGGGUCCUUCGAGGUGAAGGACACACAGUUGCUGACUUUUCUGAGCAUGGCUCUAUGAAAUAUCUUCAUGAAAACAUCCCUGUCUCCCACGGCAGUUUUAAUUAGAGGUCAACAAAGAGCAUCAUUGUCAACAUAACUGCUGUCUACUCCUUUUUGUUUAAAGGCUUGUGUCAUAGUAGCCCUUCAACUUUUUAGCUGAUGCCUAAUCACAUGUAUAAACCUACUAUGUUGGGACAGCAGCUUGUGUGCAGGACAGAGGCUACUUUUAUUGGACAACAAUGUCUUUAUAUUUGUCAACCUGUGCAUAAGCCUGCAAAUCUGUUGUUUAGGUAAAACCUAAUGAUGGUUGUUGAAGCUAAAAAAAACAAACUUUUAUAAUAUGCAAAAAAGAGAACAUGGUUCAGCUGUGAUUUACAAGCACUCCCCAGGUUUUUUUUAUUUGCUGUCAGUUGUGCAGCAUCUUCAUGAAGAUUUAUUUUGCUGUCUUUCCUCUUUGCAUAGAUGAUUUAAUAAAUAUUCUGUAUAGUUCCUUA